AUGGCCCCCCUGUCGCGGUCCUCACUCCGCUCUGUGCGACAGGCGCCUGAAGAACCCGCCGACGGUCUAGCACGGCCGACAAAGAAACCGCGCAUAGAAAACGACUCCGACCGCAAGAGCUCUCCCGAUUGUCUUGACAAGGAUCCUACCGAAAAGUCUCGUCCCAACUUGUUGAAACCCUCGCGCCCGCGCACCUCCAAUCUCACUCGCCGCGACUCCUCUUCGUCCGUUGACACAGUCGCUUCCUCCGUCGGGCAAUUGGGGACUUCGGCGACACGUACAAACGGAAAUGGGAUCUUUAAGACCCCACGCGCCCGCCGUGACCAAGGUACCCCCUCCGGCGCGGAUUUGUUGCGCGGCUUUCAUGAGUCGCCAGACCCAUUAGACACGAUCUCUCCAGCGCCUUCAGUCGCGAAGCAGCGCACCGUUACCCCGGCGAAUGUGGACGCGAAUGUCAAACCACCCGUUUCGCCCGUGACCCGCAAGACUCGUCGCAAUGACAAUCGAUCGCUGGCCGACGCCGACGAGAAUGCGAUCAAGGAGGAGGGUGCUGGCGGCGAACAGCCUACAUCGGUAGACACACGGUCGGGGAGACGGUCGUUGCGUUCGACCGAUACCGGGUCACGGUGCAAGAGCGAGCUUGCGCAGUAUUUCCACAACUAUGAACAGAUUAUCAGCCUCGAUGUCCCUGAACCUGAGUUCCUCGCCGCCAAAACAACCAUCACUCUCGUGGACGAUCUAUCGCGACCACUCCCUUUCUGCUCCAACCCCGACCCUACACCAUUCGGCAACCCGCUACUAAAGCUCCACGACUGUGAAAAGAUCACCCUCCCCAAGCCCGCAUCGAACAUACCCGCAAUCGACCCGCUGAGCGAAGAGACCUAUUUCCGCGCGCACCGCAAGUUCGAACGACAAGAGAAACAACUCCGCAACAUCGAGCGCAACCGCGCCCAACACGAACAGCAAGUCCUAGAGCGCCUCCUGGACGAGCUACGCGGCCACGACUGGCUACGCAUGAUGGGCCUGACGGGAGUCCACGAAAGCGACAAGAAGCUCUACGAGCCGAAGCGCGAUAUCCUAAUCCAAGAGCUAGUCACUCUGGUUAACAAGUUCCAAGCAUGGAAAGACGAAGAGCGUCGCCGCAAGCUAGAAAAGGAAAAAGCACACCUAGUGCCGGGCACAGAGGCAGCACCCAAUGUUCCGUCCCGACAAGACUCGCGCAAACGAUCCCGUCCUGCGGAAGACGUGGACAGCUCCCCGGCACCGGGGACUGAUUCACACAGCACGCCGGACGUAGAUGCAGACCCAGACCUAGACCCAAGCGACGUCGACGCCUUGGCUGCGCGUCAGCUUCAUCAAGAAGCCCGCUCCGCAAGCGCUGCUAAACCGCGUAAGACAGCUGCUCGGAAGUCUAUCUCCAGACCCGUCCCUAACACAAACAUUACCAUCACCAACACCAACGACACCGAACCAAGACCCAGCCCCAAACGCAAAAAGCCUCAACCACAACCUGCAGCCCCAACUCCAACCCAAAAGCCUCCACCACGACCCCUCCAACAAGCCUCCCUCGCCCACUUCUGGAACCCCGCCCCGCGAGAAGGCCCAUUCACAUCCUUCUUCCGACAACGACACGUGCGCGAGGCAGCCAUUGCCGCAACAAAAGGCAUCCGCCGCGGCGGGUCCCGCUCAACUCUCGCAUUCGGAUAUCCGGUCCCUGACCAGGCAGAGCAGGAAUUUGAGCUGCCGCCGGAUAUUCUGAAUGAUGAUUCCAUUCAGCAGUCGCAGCGCAAAAGGCGGAGACUUAAGCGACGAAGUCUGGGGGGUUGA